UCAAUCCAAGAUGGCGGCGCCUGUAGCGAUGUCGUGAUCCAGAGAAACAGGUCAUUUACAGUGUAUUUAAAAACUGGCUAUAACAUUCAUGACACGGAAUAUUGGAAUUAUGUCAUUACGACCAUAACGCCAAAAUAAAGGACCUGGAAAUAAUACGGUAACAGAACAAUGCAGGUUUCAGUGAGAAGGCUGGCUCUGUAUCCACUGGGUGUUGCCCGCUCUGGCCAAAUCAAUGCUGCUCUCCUGAACCCAAGAGCCCGUCUCUGGUUCCCCAGCACCCGCACCCUGUUCAGUGAGACAGGGGUAUGGGAGAAGGACUAUAAAACAGAGACCCGACGCAGAGUGGAAGAAUGGUGGCACCCGCGAAUUAUGGCACAGUGGAGGAAGGAUGCACUGGAGGAGAGUUCCAACAGGAAGAAGUUUUAUGUGCUCUCCAUGUUUCCGUACCCCUCUGGGCGACUGCACAUGGGCCAUGUGCGAGUGUAUACCAUCAGUGACACCAUCGGCCACUUCCAGAGAAUGAGAGGCCAUCGGGUGUUAAACCCGAUGGGAUGGGAUGCUUUUGGACUUCCAGCCGAAAAUGCAGCCAUUGAGAGAGGUCUCGACCCAGAGGAGUGGACUAAAAGUAAUAUCCGGUCCAUGCGGGAGCAGCUGGACAGCCUCGGCCUUUGCUUCAACUGGGACCGCGAAGUAACCACUUGCCUUCCAGACUACUACCGGUGGACACAGUAUCUGUUUGUCAAGCUCUUUGAAGCAGGACUGGCGUAUCAAAAAGAGGCUGUGGUGAACUGGGACCCUGUUGAUCAGACAGUGCUGGCUGAUGAGCAGGUGGAUGAAAAUGGUCGCUCCUGGAGGUCUGGCGCCCUGGUGGAGCAGAAGCUGCUCACACAAUGGUUUAUUAAGACUACAAAUUAUGCCAAGCCUCUCCUUGACGGCCUGGAAGACCUUCCAGAGUGGUAUGGUGUCAAAGCCAUGCAGGCAAACUGGAUUGGAGAGUGCACCGGCUGCUACUUCGAUUUCAAACUCAAGGUGGACGGGAAGGACACAGGGGAGACCCUGUCAGCCUACAGCUCCACCCCAGAGACGGUGUUCGGAGCGGCUUACCUGGCCAUCCUGCCCUCUCACAGACUGCUGCAUGGGAGCAGCUCAGUCCGCUCUUCCCUGGAAAAAGCCUUUCAGCCAGGCAGAGACUCCCUUACAAAGGUCACCGCUUGCAACUUGUUCACCGGCCACGAGGUUCCCCUGGUCAUCUCACACAAGGAGGCAUUUGAUGGCUAUCUGGAUACUGUGAUUGGUAUCCCAGACUGCAGCCUGGAGGAUUUGUCUGUAGCCAAAGCUCUGAAUCUGAAGUGGACCACAGUGCUUAAAAGUGCAGAAGACGGGACACAAACUCUGAUCAACUCUGAGGAGUUCUCAGGCCUCACCAGAGAGCAGGCAUUUGACUUCAUUACCCAGAAGGCCAGAGAGCAGAAGAUCGGCGGCCACCUUACCAGCUCCAAGCUAAGGGACUGGUUGAUAUCAAGACAGCGGUACUGGGGCACACCCAUCCCUGUGGUGCAUUGUGGGUCUUGUGGUCCUGUUGCUGUCCCAGAGGAGCAGUUACCAGUUACAUUACCAAAGCUGCCAUCUCUCAAAGGAAAGGGUGCGUCGCCACUGGAAGCUGCUCACGACUGGGUCAACUGCAAGUGUCCCAGAUGUAAGGGCCCAGCGAGGAGGGAGACUGACACCAUGGACACAUUUGUGGACUCCGCCUGGUAUUACUUUAGAUACACAGACCCCCAUAACCCAGACAGGCCUUUUGAGCGCCGCCUAGCGGAUCACUGGCUCCCUGUGGAUGUAUACAUCGGAGGGAAAGAGCACGCUGUCAUGCACUUGUACUACGCCCGCUUCCUCUGUCAUUUCUGCAAGGAUCAAGGUCUUGUUGCUCACAGUGAGCCUUUUUGGAAACUGCUGGUCCAGGGUCUGAUCAAGGGCCAGACUUUCAAAAAAGCAGACAGUGGCCAGUACCUAAAGAGAAAAGAAAUAGACUUCUCAGAUAAAGAGCCGGUGGUGCGUGGCGGUGGUCGUAUUGAGGUGACAUGGGAGAAGAUGAGCAAGUCUAAACACAACGGUCUGGACCCCCAAGAGGUGGUGCAGCAGUACGGCGUGGACACAGUUCGACUCUACAUCCUUUACGCCGCACCACCUGAACAGGACAUCCUCUGGAAUGUCAAGACGGAUGCCCUCCCUGGGGUUUUGCGAUGGCAGUCUCGGCUCUGGCAGCUGGUGACCAAGCUGAGGGGGGCUCGGCAACUCGGAGACGUCCCCAGCCCCUCCCUGCUGAAAAAGAAAGAGCUGGCUGAGACCAAGAAAAUCUGGGAGAACAAGAACUACGCUAUUCAAGAGGUGACAUCUCACUUCACAGAGAACUUCCUCUUCAACGCGGCCAUUUCUCGGCUGAUGGGACUCACCAAUACACUAAGUAGUGCAACGGUCAGGGUGGUGCAGCACAGUGUGGAGUUUGAGGAAGCCCUGGCUGCGAUGGUUAUGAUGACGGCACCCAUGGCCCCUCACUUGGCUUCUGAACUUUGGGCAGGUCUUUGCCAGGUGAAACACCCCCUCAGCCCCCUCCUCCAGCGGGGUGGAGACGUCCUGCAACAGUUCUGGCCGACUGUGGACCCUGAGUACCUGAAGGUCCCGGACUUAGUGGAGCUGUCUGUACUGAUAAACAACAAGGCCUGUGGGACAGUGAACGUGCCACUGCAGGUGUCCAAAGAUCCGGAGCAGGUGAAGCAGUUCAUUGUGGAGAGCUCGUUCGGACAGAAGUUUCUUGGUGGGCGCCGCAUCAAGAGAGCCAUCGUCUCCCCCAGGACCGCCCUCAUCAACUUUCUCAUUGAUGAGUGAUGUUUGGGCACUCACCGCUACUUUCGUAACUGCUAGACGAUGGCGAAUGCCUGUCAAUCAGUGACUCAGCACGGAGAGAGAGACAAAAGAGGUGGACUUUUAUAUAAAUCAAGA